GAAUAUGAUAUAUGAUAUUUUUCUCUCGAACUUGUAUUAAUAAAAAUAUCACGAGGAGCACUAUACCUGAGGAUUGCGUUUACAAUGCGUUAUCUGUGUUUAUUUUAUCGUUGGCAAAUGCAGUGAGCAGAAAAUGCAGACACAGGCACUGUCUCCCGCUGCUGCUGUUCUCCAACGCCCGUUUCAGCCUAUUGUUCCUCCACUCUCUUUUGGAUUUGCUCGCAAUUCACUUUUCAAACCUUAUUUCCUAACUCCAACCAAACACGUCCCUUUGCACUCCCAUGCCACCGCUACCCACGAGGUUGUUAUAGAAAACGACGACGCCAACGGCAACACCGAACCAGGCUUCGUUAACAUUGGCUACAUAUCAGGUGUUCAUGGUCUUCAGGGCGAGAUUCGUGUCAAACCAGUCACUGGUUUUCCUCAAUUGCGCUUUUCCACUCCAGGGAGAAGGUGGUUGAAGCGCAGGGCUUUGGGUGAGGAAACAAUUCAACAGGUUGAGCUUGAGGAAGGUAGAGAGCACCCUGGACUCAAGAGUUGGAUUCUCAAAUUCAGAGGUUUUGACACUGUGGAGCAGGCUAAGAUGCUUAUAGGUGCUACCUUGCUUGUGACCAAAGAAGACAGGCCAGAACUUGAGGAGGGUGAAUUUUACACAAAUGAUCUAAUUGGGAUGAGAGUUUUUAUUAAGGAAAAUGGAAAACUUUUGGGAACUGUUAUUAAUGUUUUCAAUAGUGGAGCCAAUGACCUACUACAAAUUUUACUCGAUUCAUCUUUUGAUAUGCUUGAUAAAAGUGGCAAGCCAAGGUCAGCAGAAAUAGACGCAUCUGUUCAGCUUGUUUUGGUACCUUUUGUUGAAGCUAUCGUUCCAGAUGUUGAUAUGAAAAGUAGAGAAAUGCAUAUUACACCACUCAAGGGACUCCUGGAAUUAAACUUACGAUUUGAUGGGAGGUCCAAAAAAGAAAGGCGCCAACUUGAAUGGAAAGAAAGGAAAAAGUUUCAAAAGAAACUCAUAGCAGCAAAAAAGAAACUCUGUGAAAUGGAGCAACAACAUAUAUUUCAUGGAUAUCAAUAUGGAGAGAAAGAUCAGUGGAGCUUCCUUAGUGAUCAGAUUGUUGGUGUAAACUCCAAAUUGCUUCAGGAGGCUUUACAAAGUCUUGAACAACCAGCUAAGAGAUGGAAUGCAGCUGAGUUGGUCAGUGCCAUAGAAGAAGGGCUUAUAAGUUCUAUCCAAAUAUCAGAGCAAUCUUUCUCAAAUGGAUGUGAAAACAAGUUGGUUGGAGAUAUCAAUAUGCAAGAGAAGGGACUAGAGCUCAUGUCUGAGGGCAAAAUGGCUAUUGUCUUUCUCUUGAAUGAAAAAGAGGAUCAAGAGCACCUUUGUGACCAUGACAUUGUUGAAAGAGAAGCAACUGACAGUUUGGUUCGCAUGCUUCAGAAGUUACUACAUGAUCAUGAAAAUUUUGUAAAGGUCGAAUACCGUGCUUCUCUGCCUUUGAUUUUCAUUUCCUCAGCCCAACAGAUUCAGUUAUUAAGAAAGCUGUUCACAAGCAACAAUUACUUCGGAUUUGACUCUGAAAAGGUAUGGUUUUUGGAAGAAGAGAAGCUGCCUGUUGUUAGCAGUUUGCCAGAAGGACAGAACAAGUAUAAAAUUUUAAUGCAGUCUCCUUGGGAAAUACUCCAAUCUCCUAUUGGAUCUGGAGGAUGUAUUAGCAUGUUUUCAAAACAUAACAUUGCAGAUAAUCUGAUUGACAUGGGUGUUAAGUACAUCGAGUUAUGCUGCCCAAGUGAAAGAAUUGCUGGUGGAAACUCUCUGCUUCUUGGUUUGGUAAAUUCAAUGGAAGCCAAGAUGGGGAUACAAAUUUCACCUACAAUUGCUGAUUCAGACAAAAAUUUUGACAUGAUAUUGUCGAUGGACUUUGUAAAGAAGUUGAUGAAACAGAGCAACAAACUCCAAUUUGAUGCGAUCCCAAAGGCACAUUCCUAUGUUGAGAAAGUCGAUAAAGACUGGAUUACUGUCACCUCAUCAACCCCGAAUUCAUAUGAGCUCUCUUGUAGUAUAUAUAGUUCCUUAAACGCAUGUUCGUUGGAUAAGAUUUGUAUAGUGGAGGUUAAAGAAUAAUCCGAUAAAUUGGAUGAGAUAGCACUUCGUAACACGAAUGUAGAAUAGGGAAAAAAUAAAAGCCAAAGAGGGGGAGGAGGAGAGAUAGGUUAUAUUUGGUGUAUUGUGUACAAUAGUGAGGUUUUAGAUGCAGACAUGUGAUUCAACCAUAAAAUAUGAAUGAGAGAAUUAACAGUAGUUCUGGGUACGAAUUUUAGUCGAUUACGGGGUAUUUUUCCUGUCAAAUACAUGGAUAUUUUAUUUUGUUCUAAUUUUGUAAGGGAGAGAGGGGAAAGGAAAUAAGACACAGGUAGAUAAUAUAGCAAAAUGAUAAAAUUUGUGUACUCACAGUUCAUGUUUUGCAUCAUAACUAUCUAAGCUGAUUUGAGGGGACAUUUUAU